UAUUUUCCGUAGGAUCAAACCUCUGACAUCGCAACUGCUGGGUGCAUUAGCUAACACUUGCUGUGAAGUGCUAAGAUCAGAAUGUCAGAGGACGCUGUUCUUGAGCAGCGGGAGCGCAAGCCGCGUAGGACUACUGCUCCUGACUCCAAUGGCCAUGCGUCAGAUGUUCCGGACUUCGCAGCAGCUGAGGAUUUUGCUGCCGAUGUACCCGCCGUGAACUCGAUUGAUGUGCCAGAGGCUGAGGACGCAGAGGAGCAAGUGGCCAGUACCUCCACGAACAAGAUCUACUUCGUGCGCGUACCUCGGCCGCCCAUUAACGAUGAGGCGCUGAAGAACCUAUCGGCCCAAUUCAAUGAGCACGUUAACAAAGUAAAGGGUGCAAACGCAAAGCUGGCCGCGAAGCGGGAGGAGUUGCGCGAACUGCGCCGCCAGCUGAACGUCGGUCGGUCUCUGAAGGAGGGGUCUCAACCGGAGUUUGAGGAGAAGCUCAAUCGGCUGCAGUCCUUGCGCAGUGUUCGGAACACAUACCAGCAGAAAAUGUCAUCCAUCAGGGAGACCCUUCGGGGCCUGUCGUGCAAGUCGGAGGAGGAGCUGGAUGCCAAGUUGAAGGCUCUGGAGGAGGAAAUCUCGCUUGGUGGUCUGACCCUCAGGGAGGAGAAGCAGAAGGUUCAUGAAAUCACAAAGCUGAAGUCGCAGCGCGCUCAGAUCCGCGACUAUGACAACCAGAAGACCACGAUGGCGGAGUAUGAGGCCGAAAACGACAAGGUCAAGGAGGUGAUCAAAGAGCUGGAGAGCGAGUUCACCAUCCUUAAGACGGAGCGUGACCAAGCGCAAGGCAUUAUUAAGGAGAUCUUAACAAAGGUCAAGGCUUGCGAAGCCGAGGUUGAAAAUCUGGAGGAGGAGCAGAAGGAAGUCGUGAAUGCGAAGAAUGAUGCGCUUGCAGCACUAGACAAGGCCCGGGCUGGAGUGAACGAGUCAAUGUCAGAAUACCGCGAGAACCGCUCGUUCAGCCUGAAGGUCGACACGGCGAUCACGAAGAUCGCCACGGAUUCCGGGUACCGCAAGGAGUAUUACAGCCUCUGGGCCCAGCAGCGAAAGUAUGCGGUGUCGGACCUUCUCCCCGAUAGCACCACGGUGGUUAAGGAGGUAAAAGCCGUAGACGUGGGCAAGGCGGGCGCCAAGGGCAAGGGCGAGGCCAAGAAUACCAAGGCGCCGCCCCCCAAGCCUCAGGGCGCCGAGAAGGCGCGGCAGUUGAUUGAACAACUAAUGGCGGAAGCACAGCAGGAGGCCAGCCGCAAGGUCCCAGGUCGAUCGGUGGCAGACGUCACUGAGCCAUCGUCUGGGGACGCCGACGACGAGCUUGACCAGCCAAGUGCUGUCCCGGCAGUGCAGGCAGUGGAGGCAGUAAAGCCGAAGGCGACAGCAACCAGUGCCCGCCCGGCUGAUUUACUGAAAAUGGUGGAGCUGCCAAAGAUUAUCGAUG